GAGCUACUCAAUCAUCCACGCACCAAGCUUUUCAUCACUCACGGAGGACUGAAGAGUCUGAAGGAGGCAGCAUGCGCCAAAAUACCAGUUCUAUGUUUGCCGGUUUUCGGUGAGCAGGUGCGAAAUUCGUGGCUUGCUUAUCACCACGGUUUCGGUCAAAUAAUCAAUAAAUUCAAUGUUACAGCCGACUACCUCUUAUCGCUCAUACAUGAUAAGCUCAACAAUCCAUCGUACAAACAAAAAGCCGCGAAAAUGAAACAAUACUUGGAGGAUGCGCCGAUCCCGUCACUGCAAGAAGGGGCGUUUAAAAUCAAGCGCCUGAUCAAAUACGGUGGUAGAAUGCCGGAAUAUUUCUACACGCGAUCCAAUAACAUCGACUAUAUUCGAUACUUGAAUCUGGAUGUUAUUUUACUGAUUCCCUUCCUAAUUUAUUUUUUGCUUUUAAUAAAAUAA